UAUUGCUAGACAGGAUGGGGGGGGAAAAAAGGAGAAGCGCUGACGAACUUCCUCUUCCGGAUGACUCAUGGGAGGAAGGUGGCGUGCGGAGUAGUAUUUGUUCUCUUUCAAGGAUCGAAGCAGCCGCUGGAAGACAAAGAUGAUGCCAAUUUAAGCACACUGGACAACAAGCAACAUUGAAAAGCAAAGCAAAUUGAAGCAGAAAUAAAAAUAUUUUCUAAUUCAGAAAGCCACAAAAUUCGUGGCUAUUGUGGGAAAAGCACAGAGUUCAAAUCACAAGAGGAUCCACACUGGAGAACAGCCAUAUAAAUACUCUGAAUGUGGCAAAAGCUUUGGUCACAAGAGUUCCUUUGUGAUAUAUAGAAGUAUCCACACAGGAGAGAUGCCCUACAUCUGCUCCCAAUGUGGUAAAUGCUUUAGCAGUCAUCACAUCUUUGAGAUACAUCAGCGGACUCACACCAGGGAGAAUCCAUACGAGAGUCCAGAUUGUGGGGAAAGUUUCAUUGCAAAUUCCCAGAGGAAUGUGAUAUACCAGAGGACUCACACAGAAGAAAAACCUUUUGAAUGUCCUGAUGGUGGGGAAAACUUCAGUCUCAAUUCCAGCCUGCUGAUACAACAGAGAUCGUAUCCAGGAGAGAAAACGUAUGAGUAUCCAGAUUGUGGGGAAAGUUUCAGUUAUUGUUCUAGCCUUGUUAUAGACCAGAGAACUCACACAGGAGAAAAACCCUUUGAAUGUCCUGAUUGUGGGAAAUGUUUCAGUCUCAAUUCCAGCCUGGUGAACCAUCAGAGGACACACACAGGAGCGAAACCCUUUGAAUGUUCUGAUUGUGGGAAACAAUUCAGUCGGAAUUCCCACCUAGUGAUACACCAGAGGACUCACACAGGAGAGAAACCCUUUGAAUGUCCUGAUUGUGGGAAAAGUUUCAGUCUCAAUUCUGACCUGGUGAACCACCAGAGGACUCAUACAGGAGAGAAACCUUUUGAAUGUCCUGAUUGUGGGAAAAGUUUUAUUGCAAAUUCCCAUCUGGUGAAACACCAGAGGACUCAUACAGGAGAGAAACCAUAUGAAUGUCCACAGUGUGGGAAAAGUUUCAGUCAGAAUUCCAACCUGGUGAACCACCUAAGGACUCACACAGGAGAGAAACCCUUUGAAUGUCCUGAUUGUGGGAAACAUUUCCGUCAGAAAUCCUCCUUGGUGUUUCACCAGAGAACUCACACAGGAGAAAAACCUUUUGAAUGUCCUGAUUGUGGGAAAAACUUCAGUCUCAAUUCCAGCCUGCUGAUACACCAGAGAUCGCAUACAGGAGAGAAACCAUACGAGUGUCCAGAUUGUGGGAAAAGUUUCAGUUGCCGUUCUAACCUGGCAAAACACCAGAGCACUCACUUAGAAGAAAAAGCAUAUGAGUAUCCAGAUUGUGGGGAGAGUAUCAGUUAUUGUUCUAGCCUUGUUAUAGACCAGAGGACUCACACAGGAGAAAAACCCUUUGAAUGUCCCGAUUGUGGGAAAUGUUUCAGUCUCAAUUCCAGCCUGGUGAACCACCAGAAGACUCACGCAGGAGCGAAACCUUUUGAAUGUCCUGAUUGUGGGAAACAAUUCAGUCGGAAUUCCCACCUAGUGAUACACCAGAGGACUCACACAGGAGAGAAACCCUUUGAAUGUCCUGAUUGUGGGAAAAGUUUCAGUCUCAAUUCUGACCUGGUGAAGCACCAGAGGACUCACACAGGAGAGAAACCGUAUGAGUGUCCAGUUUGUGGGAAAAGUUUCAUUGCAAAUUCCCACCUGGUGAAACAUCAGAGGACUCACACAGGAGAGAAACCAUAUGAAUGUCCACAGUGUGGGAAAAGUUUCAGUCAGAAUUCCAACCUUGUGAAUCAUCUAAGGACUCAUACAGGAGAGAAACCCUUUGAAUGUCCUGAUUGUGGGAAAAGUUUCAGUCAGAAGUCCUCCUUGAUUUAUCACCAGAGAACUCACACAGGAGAAAAACCUUUUGAAUGCCCUGAUUGUGGGAAAAACUUCAGUCUCAAUUAUAGCUUGCUGAUACACCAGAGGAUACAUACAGGAGAGAAACCAUACAAGUGUCCAGAUUGUGGGAAAAGUUUCAGUUAUCGCUCUACCCUGGUAAAACACCAGAAGACUCAUACAAGAAAGAAACCAUAUGAGUGUCCAGAUCAGGGGUUUGAAACUCAAUUUCAUUGAGGGCCGAAUAAGGGUUGUGAUUGAUCUCAGGGGCAGCAUGACCAAAGUGAUCAUGGCGGGCCUGGUGUCACAUGGCCAGCUUGACAUCGCUUGUGUUGGGGGGUGCCUGUGGUGGCCCAGGCAUGGGGGAUCCUUUGUCUCCAGCAGAGGAAGGUGAGACCAGGGUGAGCAUCAAAUCCUUAUCCUCCAACAGAGCCUCACCGUUCCUCUUAGACCACGCAAAGGACCCCCGGACAGCAGUACAGGCUGCCCAGAGCCCUCAGUGCGCAAGCGCCCAGCCUGGCCCUCAAACACUGGGACCCCACAGCCCAGCCUCACUGUCGUGUCCCACUCCUCCGCUGACGGCCGGGUCAGGGAAAUCCGAAUCAGGCGUGCCUCUGCAGCUCUGCCAAAGUCCUAGCAAAGUCCUCAGGGCAGGCAGGAGACCAGAAAGUGACUUCAGCAAAAUAUGUUUAGACUUUGCCUGACUCAGAGAAUGCCAGAAAGCAGGUCCUUUAUAUAGGCCAUGGGGUGUGGCUCCAUGACUCAGCACUUAUCCAGGCCUGCCCCUCCCUUCCUUCUGUUGCCUCCGUCUAUCAGUCUGCAGCUGUUGGCAAUUGACCUCCCUCAGGCUCACAUGCUGUGGAGGAGGGGGAGGGGUCUAGUUGCUCCGUUUGCCUGGGCAUGGAGCCAGAGCUGGGGGCUGGAGAUACUUCCUCCUCUUCAGCCUGUCUGGGCAUGGAGCCAGGGCUGGGGCCGGGAGGCAUACUAGGACAUUCCUCCGUGUUCGGAAGCAGAUAAGAAGGCCCCGGCUGUGGUGAGAUUGGAUGAGACACAACACUCACUUCCCCAAGAAGCCGGGCUGUGCUUACUUCCUUCUCUAGGCUCCUGCUGCUGUGCUCACCCUCCUUGGGCACGUUGCUCAUGGUGUAUGCAGGAGAGCAAAGUGUGUGAGUCAGAGGGAGGUCCAAUCCCUCUCCAUGCAAGGAGACCCAGCUUUGCAACCAAAGCAUCCUUAGCAAUAGGAUGGAAGACCACCAGGAGAGGUCAGGAGGAGGGGACAAGGGGAUGGUGAAAGGGCAACAGGGCUACUGGUGGCCAAGUGCUAAGGCAGGACAUAUCUAAAGCUGGCCGCAGUCAAAUCCUAAUGGCUGCCACCGAGUGGCAGCUCAGUGCCCGGUCGGCCUGGACUGGGCCAAGGUGCUGCCAGCCGGUGCUUUAAUGUUUCCAGGGCAGACCCACAGGCCAGAUCUAACCAGGUCUUUGAGAUUGACACCCCUGGUCCAGAUUGUGGGGAAAGUUUCAGUUAUUUUUGUUUCGAAUAUAUGUUUUAUUGGUACAUUUUUAUUUUAAAAACAAAAAAAAUUCCAUGUCUAUCUGAAUAGCGUGUUGUCUGGGCAUAAUUAAUUUUAAGUAAAGAUACAACAAUAACCAUAAUCAUACUUGUAAUCUAAACAAACAUAUCAAUAUUAAUCACAAAGUAAUAAUACAAUUAGUUUAUCCAUCUUGCCAAAUUUGCAAUACAUAUUUUUGUUGUUUUGUUGUUUACAUUUAUACCCCGCCCUUCUCCGAAGACUCAGGGCGGCUUACAGUGUAUAAGGCAAUAGUCUCAUUCUAUUUGUAUAUUUUUACAAAGUCAACUUUUUAUUAUCUUUUUAAAUUCUGUUUAGUUUCUAACCUGUUUCUGUCAGUUAAUCAUUGGUAAAAUAAAUCCGAUGUUAAAAAAUAUUCUGUUUCUUCCUUUU